AUGGGCUUCCAAUAUGGAGCACAUAAACGGAUACGUUUAAAUCCUUUUAGAUUGUAUAUUCAUAUGGGUGAUUACAGUCAGUUCGAUGACAUGGAAUAUUUGACUGCACAGACGUCGCACGGCGGACCUUCAUUCCUCAGAAGGUUGACAAUUGGCACUGCACCAUGUACCGGACGGCGGCGGACCCUCAUUUCUCAGAAGGUUGGCAACGAUCAAAGACGGAAUGCGCCCCUUCUUGGAUUCAUAAAACUCUUUGGAGUAGAUUAUAGAGAACGUAGACCUGCAGUUCAAGUAGAAAAGGUCUAUCCAUUUGUCUCCAAGAAGAAAACAAUGACAGCACUUGCUCCCAACGCACCUGGAUCCUAA